UGCGAAUUUUUCUUUUUCCCUUUCCUUUCUAUCAAACCCUCCCUCGCUCGCUCUUCUUAUCUCUCUCCCCAUCAGCCCACUCACCACACAACGCACAAAACCAAAGCAUAUCUCUCUAUAGUACUCUUCUCUGUCUCAACCCUAGAGAGGUUUCGCCAUGAAAGGAGGUAAAUCUAAGGUCAAGUCCGAUAACAAGCUCGCUGUGAAGAAACAGGCUGCGGAGACUAAGAAAUCGAAAAAGGCCGCCAAGGAUCCUAAUAAGCCGAAAAGGCCUCCUAGUGCAUUCUUCGUUUUCAUGGAGGAGUUCCGGAAGACGUACAAGGAGAAGCAUCCAAACAACAAAUCUGUGGCCGUUGUCGGUAAGGCUGGAGGAGACAAAUGGAAACAACUCUCUGCCUCUGAGAAAGCUCCUUACAUCUCCAAGGCGGAGAAAAGGAAGCAGGAGUACGAGAAGAACAUGCAGGCGUACAAUAAGAAACAGGCUGCUGGAGCCGCAGAAGAGGAGGAAUCUGACAAGUCAAGGUCCGAAGUGAACGAUGAUGAUGAGGAUCAGGACGGCAGUGGAGAGGAUGACAGUGAAGAUGACGAUUAAAGCAUUGAUUCGAAGUGAUUUGAAUGCGAUGAAGGAUUUGCCGAAUAUAUUCUGACCCUUUGGAAUAUUGCCUGAUGGAUAGUUUACUUUUGCUUUUUAUUAAUUUGGUAGUUUAUGUGAUAUGCUUAAACAGACACUAAGCAAAAUGGGUUCCUAGUCUUUCUAUGUACUUCAGUUUUUCCAUCCCAACUUAAUGAUAAUUCUAAUGUAGAAAAUUGUCUUUCUUUUGCAA